CCGAGGUCGGUUGCUAUGGCGUUCUCCACAGCCUCCCGGAGGCCGACCCCGCCCCACGGACUGACAAGUGGCCUGACCAAUGGGGGCAGUCUCUGGGCUGAGGAGGUGGGUUCUCUGCGGAAGGACGCGGAGGUGGCGGUGGCGAAGGCUCAAGCCGUUGGGGCCGCUCAGAGGCAGGUGACAAUGAAAGGCUUAUAUUUUCAACAAAGUUCCACGAAUGAAGAAAUAACAUUUGUAUUUCAAGAAAGGGAAAAUCUUCCCAUUACUGAGGAUAACUUCGUGAAACUUCAAGUUAGAGCUUGUGCUCUGAGCCAGAUAAAUACAAAGCUUCUGGCAGAAAUGAAGAUGAAGAAGGAUUUCUUUCCUGUUGGGAGAGAAAUUGCUGGAAUUGUGUUAGAGGUUGGAAGCAAGGUAUCAUUCUUUCAACCAGAUGAUGAAGUAGUCGGAAUUUUGCCUCUGGAUUCUGAAGACCCUGGACUUUGUGAAGUUGUUAGAGUACAUGAGCACUACUUGGUUCAUAAACCAGAGAAGGUUACAUGGACAGAAGCAGCUGGAACUAUUCGUGAUGGAGUACGAGCCUAUACAGCUCUGCAUUAUCUGUCUCAUCUCUCUCCUGGAAAAUCAGUGCUGAUCAUGGAUGGAGCAAGUGCAUUUGGUACAAUAGCUAUUCAGUUAGCACACCAUAGGGGAGCCAAAGUGAUUUCAACAGCAUGCAGCCUUGAAGACAAGCAGUUCCUUGAAAGACUUAGGCCUUCUAUAGCCCGAGUGAUUGAUGUGUCUAAUGGGAAAGUCCAUGUUGCUGAAAGCUGUUUGGAAGAAACAGGUGGCCUGGGAGUAGAUAUUGUCCUAGAUGCAGGAGUGAGAUUGUAUAGUAAAAAUGAUGAACCAGCUGUAAAAUUACAACUACUACCACAUAAACAUGAUAUCAUCACACUUCUUGGUGUUGGAGGCCAUUGGGUAACAACAGAAGAAAACCUUCAGUUGGAUCCUCCAGACAGCCAUUGCCUUUUCCUCAAGGGAGCAACAGUAUCUUUCCUUAAUGAUGAAGUUUGGAAUUUGUCAAAUGUACAACAGGGAAAAUAUCUUUGUAUCUUAAAAGAUGUGAUGGAGAAGUUAUCAACUGGUGUUUUUAGACCUCAGUUGGAUGAACCCAUUCCACUAUAUGAGGCGAAAGUUUCCAUGGACGUUGUUCAGAAAAAUCAAGGAAGAAAAAAGCAAGUCGUUCAAUUUUAAUUUUCUUCUUUCUCAAAACUUCAGUUGGAUGACCCCAUCCUGUAUUUGAAGCCAGAGUUUUCCUUGGAAAUUGUUGAGAAAAAUCAAGGACGAUAAAAGCAAGUUCUGGUUUUAAGAAUGUUUUCCUGCUGUGUAAAACAAGAUGCUCAGUUAUAUGACACAUUUGAAAAGUAUUUGAAAAAUUAUUGUGCAGACAAUCAAGAUAAUUCUAUAACAUCUGAAGGGAUAGUCUAAAAACCUUUUUAGUUAUUGUUUCCAUACAUUUUGCCUCUGCUAUAACAUUCUUUCCAUGAAGAAAACUGCUGCUUUCAGCAAAAGCCACACUACUCUAUUGAUGAAGCUGUUACAGGCCUUUGCUAAACUA